UGUUUUGUUAGACUGAUAACAGCGGGAGCGGGCUCCAUUUUGGGAAAACGAUUAGCGGAUUCAGAUACCGCUUUAUCUAUUUGCAAUUGGGCCUCCGUUUUUGAAACUACUUGAAAAUUGACAAUCGUCAAACAUUCAUUACUUUUGAACAAUAUGAGCCAAUUCACCAAAAUCAAGAAAGUUCUUGUUGCAAACAGAGGAGAGAUUGCUUGCAGAAUUAUAAGAAGCUGCAAGGAAAAUGGCUUAUACACAAUCGGAAUUUAUUCCACUGAAGAUUGUGAUGCCAUGCAUGUGGUUCAGUCAGAUGAAUCACAUUUAUUACCUGGAGUAGGUGCUAAUGCAUAUAUCAACAUCGAGGAAAUCGUCAAAAUUGCAAUUGACUGCAAAGCUGAUGUUGUGGUUCCUGGUUAUGGGUUCUUAUCGGAAAAUAGUGCAUUCGCUGACGCAUUAGAAAAUGCAGGCAUUAUUUUUGCAGGUCCAUCAGUAGAAUCUGUUGAAACUUUCGGUUUAAAACACAGUGCCAGAGUUUUGGCCGAAAAGAACCAUGUUCCGGUGGUUCCUGGAUCCAACUUGAUUGAAAGCGACGAAGAAGCGGUUUCUCGUGCCCGGGAAAUUGGUUAUCCAAUCAUGAUCAAGUCUACUGCUGGUGGGGGAGGUAUGGGAUUGAAAGUUGCCUAUAAUGAAAAUGAAUUAAUUGAUUCAUUCAAUGAAGUAGUCUCCAGAGGUCAAACCUUGUUCAAGAACCUGGGGGCCUUUUUAGAGAAAUAUGUUGAAGCUGGAAGACAUAUUGAGGUGCAAAUAUUUGGAAAUGGUAAAGGUGGUGUUGUUGCCUUUGGCGAAAGAGAGUGCUCAAUUCAAAGGCGGCACCAGAAGGUUAUUGAAGAAGCCCCCAGUCCUUUUGUGGUGAUGCCGACUUAUAAUCAUAAGGAUUUGAGAACAAAGUUGAGCAGAUGUGCCAUUCAAUUGGCUUCUUCAAUCAACUACAAAUCCGCUGGUACUGUGGAAUUCUUGGUUGAUGAUGAAACGGGCGAAUUCUACUUUUUAGAAAUGAACACCAGAUUGCAGGUAGAACACGGAAUCACUGAAUUGAUCUAUAAUGUGGACUUGAUGAAGUUGAUGCUCUUACAAGCAGAAUAUGAAGCCAAAGGAUCGUACGAGGUAGACAACGACAACAUCGCAAUUCCAAGCGGGCAUGCGAUUGAAGUCAGGGUAUAUGCAGAGAACCCAAUCAAGAACUUUCAACCUUCUCCUGGAAUAUUACACUUGGUUGAGUAUCCUGAAACUGCACUCAUUCCCGGCUGCAAAUUGCGCAUUGAUCAUUGGGUUUCUACUGGCUCUAAGAUUUCGCCAUAUUUUGAUCCAUUGAUUGCUAAAAUAAUGGUAUGGGGACCCGAUAGGCAAAAGGCCACUAAGGGAAUGAUUGAGGUUUUGGAAAACACAAAGAUUUACGGGCCUACUAACAACAUUGACUACUUGACUGAGAUUUUGAAAUCAGAAGCCUAUCAGUCUGGAAACACUUUGACUUCCUUUUUGAAUACUACUUUCAAAUUUGAGCCAAGUUUGAUCGAAUUUGUAAAACUGGGAGCGUAUACUACAAUUCAAGAUUUACCAGGAAGAGAAGCAUGUAGUGCUGGUGUUCCUUUAAGUGGUCCUGCUGAUCCUUUAUCAUUUCAAAUUGCUAAUUUGUUAGUUGGCAAUAAGAUGGAAGAAGCUGGAUUGGAGAUUUCUCUGAAGGGCCCUUAUAUUAAGUUCCAUGCUCCUGCGGUAAUUGCAUUGGCUGGGUCUCAUUUUAAAUUCAAAGUGAAUGGUAAAGCAGCUCCAAUGUUUGCAGCAAUUGAGGUUCCUGCGAAUUCGAUUGUGAAGAUUGGCGAUGCUAUUGGAAACGGACAAAGAUCUUAUUUGGCCAUUCAAGGUGGUCUACCUGAUGUUGCCGAGUACUUGGGAUCCAAGUCUUGCACACCAACAUUGAAUUAUGGGGGACACCAAGGAAGAGUGAUUAUGGCUGGUGACUGCAUCGGAGUGGUAAAACGUUCACCAAUAAAGGAAUUGAAGUUUGGACCUCAAAUUCCUACUUCAAGUCUUCCAGAUGUUGAAAGCUAUGAUGAAGAUUCUAUAUGGACUAUUCGAUGUGUUGGAGGUCCUCAUGAUACACCUGGUAUUUGUGAUAGGCAGAAGUUAGACAAGUUCUAUAACACUAUAUACUCAGUGAACUUGAACUCCAAUAGAGGAUGUACAAGGUUGGAUGGACAAGCGGAUGUAUUUUCAAGACCGGAUGGAAGAGAUGGUGGUACCCAUCCUAGUAACAUCCUUGAAUACCCUUAUCCCACCUGUGGUAUUAGUGUUGUUGGAAGUAUGAUGGCCUUAUUUGGUGUUGAUGGUGGUACAUUAUCUGGAUUUGUAUGCAUUUCUGUUCCAAUAAAGAGUGAAUGGUGGAAGUCAGGACAAGCCAAGGUGUCUAGCAAAAUCCAAUUCAAGCUUAUUAGUUAUUCUGACGCAAUAAAGUUGAACAAUAAGAGAGAAGCGUACUUGGAAGAGUUGUCGUCAGCAAUUAGAAGAGGAUCCAACUACCCAAGUUUUGAUGAUGACUUGGAAGAGUAUGAAACUGAUGACUCAAAAUUACACAAUACUAUAUUGUAUCACCGGGAGAAAACAAGUAAAUUACCUGAAUUGAGCAUCAGACAAGCUGGAGAAAAGUUAGUUGUGGUUGACUUUGGAAUCGAAGAGUUUACUUUGGUCAACAACGGGAGAUAUAAGCAGUUGGAGACCAAUAUCCAUGCCUAUGAUAAAUCGAGCGAUUUUUCCAAGGCUCUUAUUAGAACCGAGAUUACAACCGGUGCGAUUGGAGUCUUAUUUGAAACAAAUAAGAUUUCUAGAAAAGAGUUGUUGGAGAUUAUUAUCAAGCUUGAAGCUGCCAUUCCUCCCACAUCCGAGUUGAAGCUUAAGAGCACCUUGUAUAAAUUGCCAAUUUGCUUUGACCACAGUGCUUUAAAGCAUUGUAUUGACAGGUACAUCCACUCCCAAAGACCUUAUGCUCCAUACUUACCCAAUAACACGGAGUAUAUAAUGAGGGCCAACAACCUUGCGACUAUGCAAGACUUCAAGAACUCGGUCAUUGGCCAGACCCAGGUGGUUACUGCAGUGUCAUUUUUGUGUGCCAAUACGUUAUCUGUGAACCUUGAUCCAAGAACUAGAAUUAAGACGGGCAAGUACAACCCUGCGAGAACUUUCACACCCAAAGGAGCUAUUGGAAGUGGAUCAGUUGCAACCUCUAUCUACUCCAUUGACAGUCCUGGGGGAUACAUGAUCUGGGGGAUGGUGUUGCCCGAUUUGUGCUGGAACACUUUUAGUCGAUUGAGUGUGUUGAAGGGAAAGCCAUAUUUCUACGAAAACUUUGACCAAAUUUCCUACUAUGAGGUCAGUGAAGAGAAGUUGGCUGAAUUGAACACUCAGCUUCUUGCUGGAAGAUUAGAGAUUGAAACCGAAGAAGUGGAAAUUGACUUCAACGAGUACAUUAACUUUCUCAAGGAUAUUGAAGAUGAAGUGAAGGAAAUAGACGCAAAAAAGCAAGUCAGUAUGGAUGCUUUAAUUGCCGAAGAAGAAGUGUCCAGAGCCAAAUGGUUGAAAGAAAUGGAAUCAGCAAAAACAACUACAAGCACUGAUCAACUGAUUUUGAAUGACCCCUCUACUAUUAAAGUGAUGGCAAACAUGGCUGCAAACAUUUUUAAAAUCAAUGUCAAGAAAGGAGACAUAAUUACUGGUGAGGAUGUUUUGAUCAUUUUGGAAGCCAUGAAGAUGGAGAUUCCCAUGAGAGCCAUUAACGAAGAAGAAAGUGAUGAUGAAGACGACGGGCCCAAAAAAGAGGCAGCCCACCCAUCAACAUUGAAGUAUGAAGUGUUGGACGUUAUUGUAAAUGAAGGAGAUGUGAUGAACUCAGGGGACGUGUUGAUGCUUAUCAAAGCUAUUUAAUUUAUAUGCAAUUUAGAUAUUUUUCGCACCCCAUAAUUCAGCUACGAGAUGUAUUCAGACCCAUUCAAAGCGGUUACCAGAAAGUUAUCCGACAAUGUGUUGAUAGCUUCGGCUCCGUUCAGCAUAUUCAACAGAUUGAGAGUCGGAGCUCGAAUGUCCUUGUUCCAUUACGAUGGGAAAGUGGUUGUUUACUCGGCAUUUCCCUACGGCAGUGAAGUUGUUAGAGCUCUAAAGGAGCUUACUGGUAAAGACGAAUUCGACGUGUCUCACAUCAUCGUGCCCAAUAAAGAGCACUACAAGGCAGUGGGAGGAUUCAAGCGGGCGUUUCCAAAGGCCAAGGUAAUCACUCUGGAAAAGUUCCAAACUGACGAAUUUGAGGUUGACUACAGAAUCCCAUUUAGUGAAGGUAAUAAGGUCCUCGAUGAGAAGGCUUUGAAAGCCAUUGGAAUAAAGGAAGAAUCAUUUCUUAAGAACUUCCAGUUGGUGUUCUUGAGCCGUCACCGUCUAAAGGAAUUGGUCUUAUAUGAUAAGAAUUCCAAGUUUGUUACUUCGGCAGACUUUGCACUUUCCUUCUCAAGUGGUCGUGAUGGGGUUGAACAGUACGCGGAAGAAACUGGGUGGCCCAAGGGAAGUAAUCCAUAUUCCGGAUGGUCUUACUUACUCAGAUGGUGUUAUCCUGGUAACAAACUUUGGGUUAACCAAGUCAACAAGCUGAAUAUGACAGACACUGAGGAAGGAAGAGCAGGUAUUAAGGCCAUAUACAGUUUAGACUUCACUAAAUUGAUUCCAUGUCACGGGAAUAUUUUGGACGACGGCAAACAAGUACUUACCUCUUACUUCAGUUUCUUGGACACAAAGUAGAAUAGUAAAUCUCAAAUGUAUGGUAUAUUUUGAGAGCGACUUUUUCGGGCAAACAUAAAUUAAUAAUCAUUAUCAGUUU